AUGCUCGUUGAAGUUAACAGCCUCAAAGACCUUAACAAGGUCCUCACUUCCAAUCAGUACUGCAAUUUCCUCCUAUACGAUGGAGAGUGGUCGACAAGCAGCAGUCGAGAUCCUUUCUCAUACCAGUACCUUUGCUACUCGGAACUCUAUCCACGACUGAACUUCUACGUCGUCAAGAGGACCGCCGAAGUUGCAGCAGCUAUACUCGAUAAGUUUGGUCUAGAGGCAUCGGUUGAGAAGAAAUCUAUUGCUUUCAGAAGCACAAGAAGAGAUAGCACGGACAGCAUUGUCUUUUUUAGCUUCUAUCUUGAAAAGCCAGCGGAGUCUCUCAAGGCAGGAGAACUGUCCGCGUUCCACUAUGCUAUUGACCGGUGCUCGUCUAACGGCAACACAACAUUCCAAGUUUGA